AUGGCCGGGCGGGGACAGACGGACGGACGGGCGGACGGGCUGCCUUUAUGGAGCCGCGCCGAGCCCCAUAUGGAGCCGCCGAGCCAAUGGGCGCCGGGGCGGUCCCAAGCACCGCUGCCACUGUCGCUCCCUCUGCCGGACACGGCGCUGUCACCCCCUGCCACCCCUCUGGACCGGCCCGCCCGCGAAAGGUCCAACAUUAGACAUCCCGUCCUCUGCCCUCUGGAACUCUCCGUCAGAGCUGCUUUUCUGGAAGAGCCGGGCGGGGGGGAUGUGUCGGCAGCCGGGGCCGCCCGAGCGGGCCGGCCGUGCCGCCGAGUGAGGCGGGACCCCGGCGCUGCGGGGAGCGGCGCUGGAGGGCCGGUAAGCCGGGGAGGGCCGGGCAGGGGCCCGGGCGGGGGAGGCCUGGCGGCCGGCAGUCCCUGGGAAAGGCUCCUCCAGCACCCCGGAUCGGGCGAGGAAGGCGGCGGGCGCUGCGGGCAUGGCUUAUCCAUCCCUACCGGGGAUGAGGAGAAGCCCGCCUUGCUUCCUCCUCCGGAACGGGAAAAGUUCACGCCUCUUCAGCCCAGGUCCUUGCGCCCGGAGCCGGGGCUGGGGGUGGGCAUUGCCUCGUUUCGUCCCCUGCCUGUAAGAUCACGGCCGUGUCCCGGCUUCCUGGGGGGGACCCCCUUGUGUUUACGGAAUGAGCGGAGCCCCCAGGAAGCCCCGACGCUGGGGAAAGAGGAGCUGCUGCCGUUCCCGGCUGUGAAGAGCGUGGGGUGCCCGCUGGAGUGGGAGCUGGUGUCUGUCAGACAGGGCACGGCGUGCUGGGGUGGAGGAGGGUCCCAUUCCCGAGCCUGCCCCGGACCGAGGCUUUCAACAUACCCUGAAGACAUUUCACUUCUGUCUGCUACAGUGAGAACUCUUCCUGGAAACAUUUGCAUUGCUGGAAGGCAAAAGCUAGUUGGAAAAGUGAUUGGCACCUGUAGCAGUAGUACUGAUGUUGCAGAUGGACAUGCUGAAACAACGUCAAAACCAGGCUUACUUCUGUUAUUGAAGCUUUAUGGGAACAAAGAAGGUGGAAUACUGGUAUAUGACUGA